AUGAUCACUUCAAAUCUGAAUCAAUUGAACGCAAUUGUCAGCGUUGCAGUUUGUUUCGUGCAGAUUUCUCUGGCCAUGGCUGGUAUUUUUGGACAUUCAGUUAUUUUAUACGCUACUUACAAAACAAAGGAGAUACAAACGAAGUAUGGACUCCUACUGGUCCAGCUUUCCGUAACACAUAUCGUCUGCAUAGCUGGAGCGCUUGUAAACACCGCUUUCUUAGUCACUGCUCCAGUACUAGAUGAACUUACCUGUUUCCAAAUAUUUGCUCUACCUAUUGCGGUCAUGCUAUGGCAAUCAGUGAUCAUGCUAGUCAUAUCGGUCGACCUACUCUGUGCUAUUGUGAUACCUAUAAUUUACCGUGAAUGGUCAACGCGUGCGUUUGUGGUGGCGAGUUUGAUUUUCUGUGGCAUAAUGUCUGCGGCGUAUACGACCACCAUAUACGCAACAAUACGGUCGCAUGAAUACAGUGUGUGUAACGCGUACAGUGUACAAAAUGAUACUGUGGGGCAGUUUGUCGGGAUAGUCAAUUACAUCAUUGCAAUUCCUCAAGUUCUCAUCUAUAUUACAUGUUACACGGUCAUGUACAUAAGAGCCAGGAUUUUCAUGCACAAAAAUAUGAAUGCAUGUUAUCGCAACAAACAUCGGAAGACAAUGCGUACAAUAUCGGUGCUAAUAGUGAUCUACAUAUGCACUUGGGUUCUAUCGAUCGUUCUUACAAAUGUUAUCGGCUACAUCAAUAAUGACAUGUGGCAGAGAUGGUUGCAGAUGGUUGUGUGCAUUCUACAAAUGAUGUGUUUCGUACAAACGUUUUAUGUGUGUUAUCAGCGCAGUUCGGAAUAUCGAAAUAUUUUCCGACGACUUUUCAAGUCCGUUCAAUUCUCCGAAGAUGUCAAAGAUCAUUUGAAACGAGCAUUUCACGGAGAAAAAGUCAGUGAUCCUACCCUCCCAGACAUGUCCGGUACCACUUUAUCGACUCCAGAAUCGACUCCAGAAAGAACAGAACUUCUCACCAGAAAAAUGAGAACUCUAUUGUUCUUGGUUGCCGUCGGCACUGCUGUAGUGUUCUGCAACACAGGCGUUCUCGACCAUGUCUCUGAUUGCGUCAUAUGUAUGAAUGUCCUCGUAGCUGCAUUGACAGCAAACAGCGCAAAAAACACCUUUGAAUAUCAGUUCAACUGGUAUUGCAACCAGACAAAGUCGUACGUGUUUAUGAGACCGGAUUGCAACCGAAUUGCUUCCGAAUUUCUGGCAAGCAGUUCUUUACGGGAGAAAUUCAAGACUCGUACUACACUGACUGUGCGUGAGGGGACCUACAUCUGCGAGCAUGACUUCCCGCAAAAGUACUGCAUGGAUGGGAAAUUCGUUUGA